AGUUAGCAAAUGUCAACUCAUACUCUUUUGUGCGUCGUUCAUAAGAAAACAUGUACUAUCAUAGCUUUUGACGGAGUAGAUAAAUAAGUGGCAGUCAGUAUCAAGAAUAUUUAUUACAGUUUGAUGUUGGUGAUUUAACUAGACAGACUGGAAAUGGACUGUGAGGAAUUCUCUCUCCCAGAUAUUGACAUGGAGCAACCAGUACUAGAUGAGUUUCCUGAUUCUGCCAGUAAAUGUGUAGAAGUAUGGACAGAAAAGCUUGAAAAGGGCAUAUUGUCCUGUGCUCACUUUAAAGAACACUGGCGUAUAUACGUGCCGAGGAUAUAUAGUCCAGAUCCUAAGGGAAAUUGUUUGGACUUCAACUACGAUGAAGCAAAGGCCCAAGAAAUUUUAUUUCAGCCUCUAGAAAGAUUCAUCUGCAAUGGGGACCCUCAAGAAGUUUUUAGUGCACUAACACAGACAGCAAAUCGAUCAACUGUAUGUGGUAGAGUCUUCAAAAUAGGUGAGCCAACAUACAGCUGCAGAGAGUGUGGUAUGGACUCAACAUGUGUUCUCUGUGUUGACUGCUUUAAACAGUCAGCUCAUCGUAACCACAAGUAUAAGAUGGGAACCUCUGGUGGUGGUGGAUGCUGUGACUGUGGAGAUACGGAAGCCUGGAAAAGUGAACCUUUCUGUGAUAUACAUGCUGCCGGUUCUCAAGCAGGGCAAGAACCUGUAAAGUGCUUACCAGAGGAUAUGGCAGAAAGAGUACGUGCAACUUUCAGUGCUGUUCUCAAGUAUGCAUAUCAGUUGUUGACUGUGGAACAUCUGAGAGUGCCUUCAGAUCUGAGCAUUAAGGAAUCAGAAGAAGGAACAUUAGGUCUCUUUGAUACUGACACUCACUGCACUGUUCUCUAUAAUGAUGAGACUCACACCUUCGAACAAGUGAUUACUACUUUGUCGAGAGUUAUCAAAUGUUCACAGAAAGAUGCUAUAGAUUAUGUGACGAAUAUAGACAGAGAAGGUCGUGCUGUUGUGAAGUGUUCCACUUUUCCACAUUGUAAAGAACUGAAAGCAGAAAUUGAGCGUUUUACUGCACGCCACGGAAACAGACCUUUGAAAGUACUUGUUGUGCAUGCUCAUGUAAUUGCCCAUCAAGUAUUUGCAAUGGAGCUUUUAGAGUGGUUACAAAAAAUUCUUGGCUAUGGGGAAGGCUUCCGUGUGGUUUUCAGUGAGGUAGCACUAGAGCUUGACCAUCAGGAAUCUUCAAUAAUAGAGGGCAUUUUGGUCAGAGAUUCCCAUUUGUGGAAAUCUGCACGCACUCACUGGCACCGUCUUAUUAUUUCUGGACUCCUGAUGGAAUAUGAGAGCAAAAAGGCAUUUGCUAAACUCUUCACAAAGACAUACAACGUUGUCCUCAAAGACUUCAUGCGAGAUGAUCACGAUCAUGCAUUUUCUAUUGCCUCUAUGUCAGUGCAGGUCUUUACAGUCCCUACAUUGGCUCAUUAUCUCAUAGCAGAGGAAGAUGUUCUGUAUAUCCUGUUGAAUGCUUUUAUAUCGGAAUGCAACCGUAAAUGCAAUAAAGCAGGGAAACUAGAAUUUGAAAGAAAUUCAUCAAAUGGUACUUUCAAACGUUGCCAGUUCAUACUUUAUGACUUGCGUUAUCUCCUGAGUGCAAAGCCGACUGUAUGGACAGAUGAGCUACGUAAGGGAUUCCUUCAUGGUGUUACGUACUUACUUAAUCUGUUAUCAAUGAUGCAAGGAAUGGACCAGAUAACCAGGCAAGUUGGACAGCAUAUGGAGUAUGAACCUGAAUGGGAAUCAGCUUUCAAUCUUCACAUUAAACUUGCACAUGUAAUAACAUUGGCUCUGGAAUGGUGUGGUACAGACAGAACAGUUCUGAUAAAAGCCUACAGAGCUACUCUAAAAAAAUUGCACGAUCCCUCUCAAGUUGGAGAGGUGCGGGAGUUGGCUGAUCACAGUGCACCGUGUUUAAUUUAUGAUGUAUCUCAGCAGCCAGUCUCUAUACAUCUACCAUUAUCUCGUUUUUUAGCUGGCUUACAUCUUCAUUUGGAGAAAUUUGGUUUAGAAUUUAGAAGUAAUGAAUUCAAGAAUAUACCUAAACCAACUCCAGAACUAAUUAUUGAACCAGUACUAAGAACACAGGUAAUGAUUUCUCAAGUGCAUGCUGGAAUGUGGCGUCGCAAUGGUUACUCUCUUUUGAAUCAGCUUUAUUUUUACCACAAUGUCAAGUGCCGAUCGGAGAUGUUAGACAGGGAUAUCAUAUUGUUGCAGGUGGGAGCAUCAUUGAUUGAAAGCAAUGAAUUCCUCAUACAUUUGCUCAAUAAAUUCAAUCUCUUAAACUGGGCAAAUCCUCAGUUUGAAACAAAUAUCCUCAGAAACCCAGAGGAGGAUAGUAUGAGGCAGACAAUAAAUUUAGUUGAAGAGUUCCUUGGUCUUCUUAUAACAAUUGUUAGUGAAAGGUACACACCUGGUGUUGGUAAAGUUACAGAAGAUGACAAAAUAAAAAAAGAAAUAAUCCAACAGCUGUGUAUAAAACCACUGCCACAUUCUGAGCUAAACAAAACUCUCCCUGAGGAUGUCAACCAUGAAACUGGGAUGGAACGGGUAAUUGAUCAAGUUGCAGUGUUUAAAAAGCCUGCACAGGGAACAGGGAAAGGCGUGUAUGAACUGAAACCUGAAUAUUAUGAUCAAUAUGAUGUUUUCUUUUACCACUAUACAAGAGAAGAAUUGUCAAAGUCAGAAGAAGCCCAGAGGAAGAGGAGGAAAGCUCUUGGGGAGUUGGAAUGCUGUCCUCCUCCUGUUCUUCCACCACUCAGUGAAGCUUUUAUGAUGAUGGCAAAUCUGUUGCAAUGUGAUGUAAUGCUGCACAUUAUGAAAACUGUGUUGGAACGUAGCAUUAAUCUUAGAGCAAGAAGUUUUUCAGAAGCUCAGCUCCACAAGGUGCUUCACCUCAUAGGUUACGCUUUGCACGAAGAAGAACAGAAGCAUUACCAAUAUAUGGUAUUUGUUGAACGUGCAGAGAAGUGGGGCCUUGAAAACCUAAUUGAAGAGUUGUGUGGUAGUGCAAGAGUUGAGGCGCACAAAGAUUUGCUACAGUGGACACUAGGAAAGUAUAGGCAAGUCGCUGCAGCUCGCAAACUUGGCCACGUACAACCUGCACCUCAACCUCAGCAUCAAGAGGGGGUAGGUCAGGCAGAAGAUUCUGCGAAUGAGGAAAAGGAAUGGAGAGCAAAAAUGGCAGCCCAGAAGAGGGCAAAAAUAAUGGCCCAGAUGACAGCAAUGCAAAAGAACUUUAUGAAGGAAAAUGCCAAGUUAUUUGAAUCAGCUCUUGCAGAGAGCUCUUCACAAAAAGAAAAUGUGGAAAUGUUCAUGGAUGUUUCAGAACAGUCAGAAUGUCAGCCCAUUGCCCUAGGACCAAAACAGACAACACGGGCAACAACGGACCGCACACAUACUUGCAUUUUAUGUCAGGAAGAUCAGACAGUUUCUGCUGGUGGACAAGCACUUGUUGUUUCUGCUUUUGUUCAAAAAUCAACAGUACUCUGUACUCACAGGGGACUGUCUGAAGAAUAUCUGGAAAAAAUGUCUGAGCCUUUAUUUCUCUCAGCUUCUAUUGGGCCAGCUCCAUUUACUGGCACUUGUGGUCACGUAAUGCACAGUAAUUGCUGGGAAAAAUACUUUGAGAAUGUCCUGGCCAAAGAGUCGCGACGACCGUAUCGGCUCCGGCAGCCGGCAAGCUUUGACAUUGAGAAACAGGAAUUUCUGUGCCCACUUUGUGAGUGUCUCAGUAAUACACCGUGCCCACUUGUUCCUCCUGUUGGAUCUCUAAUAUCAAAUUCACAAGCUGCUUUGACAAAUUUAUCAUUUGAAAAAUGGAUCUCAGGUUUGCAUCUUGCUUUGAAAUACAAGAAAAAGAUUAGCAAGACAUUAAGAAGUAUGGAGAAAAAACAAACUGAUUCAGCAAGUGACAGUGGAGGUGGAACUGGUGAAGGCGGAGAGGAAGAAGAGGAGGAUGUACAAGUCAUGGAAUCACUUUACUACACGUGCCCAAUCCACCAGGUUGUUGUUGAACUUGGGGAAGAUGGAGAAGCAUUUGCAUCACUGUUUUCACGUAAUAACUUGAGGACUGAGUUUUCGGAAAAUCUGUCUACAUUCAUAUUACUGUUUGCACAAGCCACUUUCACUAAAAGUCUGGGUUCACACCCUAAGUAUGGUGAUUCAAGGAUUGUUCUGAUGGCAUGGAAAUCUUGUGCAUACACAGUUCAUGCUAUGGAAUGUCUUCUCAGAGAUACUGGCAAGCCAUUGCUUGGUGAUCUAUCAUCAAGACAGCAAGACUGCCUGGAAGGUCUGAUUCGUCUUGUAGCAGUGCUUGGAACGACGUGGAAGUUUCCAGAUAUGAUAAGCAGCCAUGCUUUGAGAUUACUUACAAUAAUUUUAGAAAGCCCACAUGAUGAACCUUGUAUCCUUGACUGGGAUACAUUUGGUGUGCUUUUACCUUUGACAUUGUCGCUAUCCAGUUUGUUUUUAACUGAUGGUGCUGUUCCUAUUCCUACUGGGGGUUUGCAGGAGCUAUAUAUUUUUCGACUUAUGUUGUUGUGUAACAUUGUAAAAGUACUGUUAACCAAUGAUUUUGAAAGCACUGAAAUGAGCAUGGAAGUAGAGGGUGAACCAGACGAAACUGAAAAGCUCAUUGGUUUUAUUAUGGAUGUCAGAAGAGCUGCUGGAAUUGCAUCAGAAACUAAUAUUCAAGUAAAGGCAGUAUGCAGACUUGUGCAGGAAGCAUGUAUACCAUUUCUGCGUUGUUGUGUCCUGUUUUACCACUUCUUGACAGGCGUUCCAGCUCCACAGGUGUUGCUGGAGGUUGGUGGAGACACUUUUGAUAAUAUGUGCACUUAUCUUGGAUUGAACAUUACACUUUCAGAACUGGUAUGUGGAGAUGUGAACAGAGACUUGGCUGUGCGAUGGUGUCAACAUCCGAAGGUGCAGCAGUACCUGUCUGGAGCAUCAAAGUAUCCAUUUGUUAAAGUUCCUCAGCCGGUAAACCAACUCAUUUCUUUGCCUGUUGAUUACAGUGAAUUAAUCAACACUGUUUCACUCUUCAUUUGCCCGAACAGUGACCGUGAAGAUUCUCGUAAUCCAACUAUGUGUCUAGUGUGUGGUGACAUGUUGUGCUCACAGAGUUAUUGCUGUCAAACUGAACUGAAUAAGACAUUAGUUGGCGCAUGCACUUACCAUGCACACGAAUGUGGUGCAGGAGUCGGUAUUUUUCUUCGUGUACGUGAAUGUGAAAUUUUGUUACUGGCCAGUCCCAAUCGAGGAUGUUUCAUGUCCCCACCCUAUUUAGACCAGUAUGGUGAGACAGAUCAGGGAUUGCGAAGAGGUAACCCAUUGACAUUGUGCCCUGAGAGGUACAAAAAAUUACAAUUGUUGUGGCUGAGUCAUGGUAUCUACGAAGAAAUUACUCGACACUUGGAGUCUACAACUAAUAUUGUUACAACACAGUGGCAACAUCUUUAGUCACUUAGAUUAUUGUUGUUUAUGGAGGUCAUUGUUAAACUUCUGUCAAGUAUUAAUAUCUCAUUCACUAUGAAUUUUUCCACACUUCAUAAACUAUAUUGCCAUGCAACCAAAAUUAGCAGAAUGUCAUUUUAAAAAAUACUGUUCUUCUGUUUCAUGAAGUUCUUUUGAUGUUGUUCAUUAUAUGACUGUUUGGAACUGUAAUGUAUUUUUAAUUUGAUUUCCAGGUGUAUAUAAUUUUGUUCUUAAAGAACAAAAAAAUCUUUGGAGGCUGUAAGAAGGAAUUGUACAGAAUAGUAAAUAGUAAUUAAUUUUUUACUUAGAAGUGUCUAGUUAAUGAUUUCAUUUUUUUUGUUUGUUUUUCUGGAUUGUUUUUUGUCUUAAAUUGUUUGUAGUGUCUGCUGUGAUACUCUCUCCAUCAUUAGAAAUGAGUUAUAACUGUUUUACAGUAUUUAUUAAUGCACCUCUUAACAACGAACUCUGCCACAUGAAGAUGCGUGAAUAAUGAGAGACUUGUCAUGGCAGUGUUAAAUGGUAUAGUUUUCUAGGAGAUUUUAAACCCUUUUUACAUAUUCUAUUUAUUGCAGAGAUGUGAGCAGCUGCAAAUAAUUCUGAAAUAUCAUUCACCAGAUGCUCAGCAUAUCUUUUGAAGAUAUACCAAGUACCUCUAUAGUAUUUUCUAGUUACAUGUACAUAUUGAUAAUGUGUACAGUACAAUAAUUGACAAAAUGUAAAUAAAUAUGAAACAUGAUACAUGGUCAAAUAUUAUUGAGAAAACUAUUUUGUUUGGCGGUGAUGGUAAACUGAAAUUUCAGUUGUAUCGUCCCCAGCACAUGGUGUGGAUUAGUAACCUGAAAAGUCUUUCACAUUAUUUUUUAGUGGAGUUAAUGUAAUGUGCAUUGGAAAAUUGGUUACAUAGCUUACAGGUGGUUUCAACUGUCUAGAUUAUAUUGCUCAUUUGUGGAAUGUUUAGUUUGAAACCCAAUUUCAUGGUCAGCAUUUGCCAGUACAAUACCCUGUUUGCUUGUUAUAAACAUGUACAGUGAUUAUUGAUCUGAUGGCUGCAUUGAAACUAAUAGUAAGUGAAACAUAGGUUUUUGGUUGUACUUAUUGUGCAAGUAUGAUUCGGUAUAUUUUGCUGGAAGUGUUAAACUAAAACAGAUCUCAAACUGUGGUUAAAACCAUUCAUAGAGGGCUGAAACUCAAGAUUCGUUAUUUUGGAAUUGUACUGAAUAAUUGCAUAAUAUUUAACUUUGCUAUGUGUUCGUUGAAAUUAUGUUAUUUGUUGACAGAUUGUAAUAUAAACAUGUAUUCUUUUUUGUUAUGGAGCUUACAAUGAGAUUUUUGCCUAGUUAAUGAAUUCUUGUAAAAACAAACAUUUCUUGGACAUAGUUCACGGAGAUAAGGCAGAAGUUUCUGAAAGCAAAUAUUUUAUUCUAUGUUUUAUGAACUUCAGAAGUUACAAGGAUAGAAUACAAUGCAGAACACAGGGUCAGUGGACACAACCAACUGAAGAAAUGAAUAAAAUAUUGCUAGAGAGAUGGCAGCUACUGUAUUUGAUUGAAUAGCUACAGCAAAUAAAAAUAGAUAGGGAUUUUGUGUGUGUGUGUGUGUGUGUGUGUGUGUGUGUGUGUGUGUGUGUGUG